AUGAAACUUAAAAAAGUACUAAUUUUACUCACUCUUAUAGGAAUAGCAUACUCGCUAACCUGUAACUCUCCCUAAGUCCUUGAUUACGAUAACAACACUUGCCUCACUGAUGUGUCAGCAUGCGCCAGCAAUAGAUUUUACAAUCCUGAGCUAAAUCAGUGCUAAAAUAGCUGCGAUCUUGGAUAUAUACCUAGUGUAGUUAAUUCCUAAAAUUAAUGUAAUAAAAAGUUAUUAUACUGCGACCCCACCACAUAAAUUCUCUCGAUAGGUGCAAAUUUUAGUUGCUUAAGCAAGGCUACAGAUUGCUAAGGUUUUUUGGUCAAUGAUUCUAAUGGUCUUUCUAGUUGCCUCCCUGUUUGUCCUAAUGGCUUUACAUAAGGAACAGGAUCAAAUUCAAACAUAUGUACUUCUAGCUCUACAUUCUCUUGGGUUAAUCACGUUUUUACAUAAUGCUAAUAAGGAGUCAGAGAUGUCCUAACUCUCUCUUGUUAUACCAGUAGAUCACAAUGUACCUCCUUCUACAGCGAAGACAAUAGAGCUUGUCUACCUUCUUGUCCUGUUGGUGCCAGCAUUUAAUAAACUCCUUCAUUUUCAUAUUGCUUAUAUUAUAAUUAAUAAUAUAAUUAUUUAUUCUCAAUUCCAUCAUGCUCUUCAACUUAAGUAUAUGAUCUCAACUCAAAUUCUUGUCUUUAAUCUUAAAGCAGUUGCAAAAAUUUUGUUCUGAUAGAUUCUACUGGAUAAAAAGUUUGUUGGCCUUCAUGUCCUACACUUGCAGGAUGGUAAAUCCAAACUUCUGGAACUUCACAGGCAUGCAUCGCUCCUAUUGGUUUUGUUUUUGCAAAAUAACCUUUCUUUAACUGCAGUUUUCCAAAUUACUAUGAUGCCACUUCAUUUGGAUGUCUCACAGCUGAUACUCAAUGCUAAUACUUGAUGAACUAUGAAAAUAAUAUGUGUGUAUUCUCUUGCCCUGCUUAAUAACUAUAUGCUUAAUAUAACUAAUAAAAAAACAUUGGAUUUUGUUGGAGAUUUUAACUUGGUAAUUGCUAAUCUCCAUCAGUGUAUGACUUAUAUUCUGGUUGGUGUCUAUCUUCUUCCUCUUCUUGCUAAAACUAUCUCUUACAAGACUCAUUUAACAAUCAAGUAUGCUGGUUAUUUUGCCCUUCUGGUUUCACUCAAUCAACCACCACUUCUGGAAGUAAAAUUUGCACAGCUCCUAGUGGAUAUAAUAUACUCAAAUAACCUUACUUUAACUGCCCUUCACCCUCACUAAAAGAUGCUACUACAUUAGGAUGCAUAACAGCAACCUCAUGUAAAUUUAGAAUAGUUUAUGAAUGGUAGAUGUGCAUUCCUUAAUGUCCUUAGUCAUUUAUUGAAUACGCUGAUCCAAGUACUUCAGCAAAAUUAUGUAAAUAUUAAGACAACUAUGCCUAUAAAAUUGCGUAAUGCGGAAAUGGGUUGUAUUUAGAUAUUAAUUCAAACUAAUGUCUAUUAAACGACUCAGAUUGCUCAUACGUUUUGAUAAAAGAUUCAAAUGGCGCAAGAGUUUGCUGGCCUUCCUGUCCAAAUACCUAUACUGCAUCAACCUCUGCUUCUGGAUAAAAAUUAUGUACUCCUCCUUCUGGAACAUCUCUUUUAUCUCAGAAAUUCUUUUAAUGCGCUCCGCCUUAAGUUUAUGACAUAGCUUCAAUUGGUUGUCUUAAUUAACCAAGUAAUUGCUCCAACAAAUUUAUAUCUCAGCAGAGAACUUGUGCUUUAACUUGUCCAGCUAACUUUUAAUAAUUCACUGAUUAAACUCACAACAUCACAUAAUGUAAUGAUCCUAACUAGGGAAAUACAGAAUAAAGAUGUUAACCACCUUCCUACUUGGAUAUCAGCUCUAAUUAAUGCUUAACAAAUGACAGUGAUUGCUAAUUUUACUUGAUUAAAGACUAAUAUGGAGGUAGAUUAUGUUCCCCAUAUUGUAUGUCUACAUAUUCCUCUUCAACUUCUGCAUCUGGACAAAAACUAUGCACUCCACCAUCAGGAGUAAGCAUAUUUUUAUCUUCCUUCUUUGAAUGUCAAAACCCAUAAGUAAGAGACGUAACAACUCUCACCUGUUUAAGUUCUGCUUCAUCCUGCACUAAUUAUAUGGUUUAUAACUUUUGGACAUGUUUCAAUACCUGCCCUCCAAAUAUGACUUCAGGAGUAGAUUCGGGAAAUGGUUUGAAAAUAUGUAAUAAUAAUAACAAUAACAAUAAUGGAGGCAAUAAUUAUUAAAUGGCUAGCUGUACUGCCCCUUAGUAUUUACAUUUUAAUGCAAACAAGUGUAUAACUAAUGACACUGAUUGUUAAGAUUACGUAAUGACAGAUUCAAACGGGUUCAAACUUUGUUGGCCUGUUUGUCCUUCUGGAUUCACAUCUGGUUAAGAUGCUAAAAAUGGAUUUUUAACAUGUACACCAGCAGCUACAGUAUCUUUGAAAGACUCUAAAAUAUUUAAUUGUGUGCCCCCAUAAGUACAAGAUGUUACUAGUCUGGGAUGUCUAACUGCUACAUCUAACUGUACUCAAAUUAUGGUUUAAGAUAGAAAUUAAUGCGUCUCUGUAUGCCCAUAAGGAUAUAUAUUUGGAACUGAUUAAAAUAAUAAACCUAACUGUUAUUUCAGAAAUAUAUCAUAAUGUCAAUCAGCAUAAAUAUGGAAUUUAGCUUAGAACUAAUGUAUUUCUCCAUCUAACUGCAAGGAUUGGGUAAUUGUUGAUGCUAAUAAUUACCAAACUUGCAUUCCAUAGUGUCCAACAGGUUUUACUACAGGAAUGGAUUCAACAAACACUUAUAAGACAUGCACUGUCCCUUCAGGAAAAAGUUUAAGUAACUUUGGUUUAAGUAAUUGCAAUAAUCCUUUGAUCAGAGAUUUUGUAAGUGGUGCUUGCUUUACUCAAGCUUCAUAAUGCAAAGGAUAUUUGGUUAACUAAUUCAAUUGUGUAUCUACCUGCCCAAAUGGAUACUAAUAAGGAAAAGAUUAAAAUAAUAACAACACUUGCUACAUGCCUUAUGUUUACUAAAUGACUAAUUGUUAAGGAACCAGCUUUUUAAGAUUUUCAUAAAAUGAUUGCAUUAAUAAUGAUACAAGCUGCAGCGAGUUUAUUAUUAAAGAUGCUAAUGGAUAAAAAGUUUGUUGGCCUAGUUGCAGUUUAACAAGUUUUACAUAAACUUAAGAUGCAUAAUCUGGAGUUUCAUACUGCACACCACCCUCAACUUGGUUAUUAAAAGAUUAACCAUUUUUCAACUGCUAAUCACCUGGUGUAGGAGAUAUAGAUACCUUUUAAUGCUUAACAAAUAGUAGUAAUUGUACAUCUCCUAAGCUUAUUAUAAAAGAUAGGAAUUAGUGCAGUUCUGUUUGCUUAGAUGGGUAUUAUAUACAGUAGGAUUAAAAUGGAACUGUAGCUUGCUUCAAUCAUGGACGUCCAUCAUGUUAGUCUGGUUAAGCAAUAAAUUUCCUUCUAAACCAGUGCAUAAGCAUAAACUCUUGUAAAGAAUAUAUUUACAACGCUCCUUAAAUUCCUAGCUGUAUACCGGACUGCCCUUCUUCUUGGGUAGUUGGUUAAGAUACUGUAAAUAAUGUUAAGACAUGCAACCCACCAUCUGGAUCUACCAUACUUAACUACAAGAUUAAUAAAUGUGGCUAACCCCUUGUUAAGGACUUUACGACAGGUGGAUGCUUAAAUUCAUAAUCAAGCUGUUCAAAAUUACUUGUUAAUGAAUAUAACUGUGUCAAUUCCUGUCCUAACGGAUAUUAAUAACAAACAAAUCAAAAUGGGUAAGCUGAAUGUUAUUAGCCUUACGUUUAUUAAAUGGAAAACUGUUAAUAACCUUCAUUCCUCUAAUUUAGUUAGAAUCACUGUAUUUCUAAUGACACUGAUUGCAAUUAAUUUGUAAUGGUAGAUUCUGCAGGAAAUAAAGUUUGCUGGCCAGUUUGUCCAAGCUAAUUUACCUCCUCAAAAGAUCCUAAUACAGGUGUUAAUUAUUGUAAACCACCUUCUACUUAUUCUCUAACUUCUGCUCCAAUUUUUAAUAACUGCAAUCCUCCCAAUGUUUGGGAUGUUACUACAUUAAAUUGUUUAUCAGAUUAAUCUAAGUGCACUUAAAUUUUUGUUCCUUAAAGAAAUUAAUGUACAAAUGCAUGCUUUGAUGGCUUUUCUUAUAAUAUUGAUAGUUCUGGAAGGCAAACAUGUUAGUAAUCUGGAUUUGGGCCUUAGUGCAAUUCAACCUAAGUAUAAAAUUAUCUAUAAAAUAAUUGCAUAAACAUUUCUUAAUGUAAAGAUUAUUUACUGGCAAUUUCUAAUGGUUAAGGUUAGCAAGGGUAAUUAUGUAUUCCAGAUUGUCCAAAUAUUUUCGUUAAGAGCACCAAUACAGGCGGUUAAAAUACAUGUACACCUCCAAGUACAGUAAACAUAUAAUAAAUUGGUCUCAGUAAUUGCGGUUAACCAUAAGUAAGAGAUUUUUCAACAGGUAAUUGUUUACCAUCUUAAUCAAAAUGCACAGGAUUUUUGGUUAAUGGUUUUAACUGUGUUUCAGCUUGCCCUAAUGGAUAUUAAUAAGGUACAGAUUCUUCCACUGGUUAUAAAAUUUGUACAAAUCCAAAUGGUAAUAACAAUAAUAGUGGAAAUAAUGGAGAAUGUUAGUAAGGAUAAUUAAGAGAUAUAUUACAUAGCUAGUGCGUUAAUCCUUAAGAUUGUAAAGGUUUUUAUUUCCAAGUUCCUAAUGGAGGUGGUUUGGUUUGUAUGCCUUAAUGCCCAAGCGGUUUGCUUAUAUCAUACAAUCCAACAUUAAAUCUUCUGUAAUGUGUUGUUCCUCCUAAUUUUAAUUUUUCAUAAUUAGCUAUUAGCAGUUGCACAACAAUAAGAGAUUUUACAACAGGUGGUUGCCUCACUAGCUGCUCUUAAUGUAAUGGAGUGUGUAUUGCUAGCUAGUCAAUGUGCUUAUCCUAUUGUCCUACAGGUUUUUAUAAAACAACAGAUUCUAAUGGAAACAAUAUCUGUUAAUAGAGUUCUAAUAGUUAAAGCUCAUAAUGUGGAAAUAAUUAUAUUUUAGAUAUAGCAUAAGGAUACUGUAUUCAAAGUUCUAACUGUAAAGGAUAGAUUAUAACAGAUUCAGCAGCAGUUUAAUAUUGCAUUCCUUUCUGUCCAUCAUCAUGGUAGGCAUAAGAUGCUUCAGGCAACUCUACAUGCAUAGUACCAAAGAGUUUCACUUAUAGCAGCAGCGCAGCAGCUAGCUGUUAAAGUCCAAAUACUAUAAACACAGAUGACUUUACUUGCUUAUAACCUGGUACAAAAUGCAAUGGUUUCUUAAUCAAAAGAAGUAGAGUAUGCUUACCAAGUUGUCCAAGUGGAUUUAAAAAAUUUAUAGAUCCUAAAACUGGUGAAAAGUAGUGUCUUUAAGUUAAUAAUGAUGGUAGUCUGAACUGCGAAAUGCCUCUAAUCAGUGAUUAAUUAACAGGGUUAUGUAUAUAUGCUGAUUAGUGUAAAUACAUUCUUUUAUAAUCUAAUAUCUUACUAAUAUGUAUUCCUUAAUGUCCUAGCGUUUUGAUAUCUGGAUAAGACUCAAACCUUGGCAUCCCUAAUUGUUCUCCAGCUUAAAACUAAAAUAUUUUAAACCUUCCAUCAUCUAACUGCUCACCUCCUAAUUAUAAAGACUACUCCACUGCAAACUGUUUAACAUCUCCUACUUAGUGCAAAGGAUUUAUUAUUCAAUCAUUCAAUAUGUGUAUAUCAAUUUGUCCAUCAAAUUGGAGUUAAGUUGCAAAUUCUGCAGGAUAUAAUGAAUGUGUUCCUCCUCUUAUUUGCUAACCUUCUUAAGUUCCUGAUACAGCAAAUAAAGUUUGCCUAGAUAACGUGUCUUAAUGUAAAGGAGUUCUAAAUAAGUAGACAUUCACUUGCGAUGCUUCAUGUCCUACUAAUUUCUCUACUGUUACAGAUCCAAAUUUAAAUAUUAAAGUUUGCAUUCCAUGCUAAUAUAAAGAUAGCGCUGGUAAUUGCUAUAGCUAAUGCCCAUAUCCACUAGUAUCAGUGGCUUCUGCUUCUGCAGGAUAACCUGGAUCCUGCUUAAGUGACCCAACGCAAUGCUCUGGUUACUUUACAUCAUAGUUAAAUACUUGUGAAGCCUAAUGUAGAUUUGGAUUCACUCCUAAUAUUAUGACUUCACCAAAAACAUGUAUAUCAUGCACUGCUUCUAAUACAUGUAACUAGCAGAAUACCAAUUAGUGCAAUAUGAGAUUAUCAGCUGACAAAUCAUCUUGCUCAAAGGAUUGUCCAAAAGGUUAGAUUCCACUUCCUCAAGUUGCAAAUUAAAGCUACUAAUAAUGUUAAGUAUGCCCAUCCUCUUAACCUUUUGUUAGUGCAGAUGGAACUUAAUGUCUAGCUAUGUGUGGUGGAAGCUAUGUUGCUGAUUCAAACUCUAAAAGCUGUAUUGAUCCUUCUAUUUGCUCAGGUAAUUUAUCCACAGAUUCUAAAGGUAUACAAUGGUGUACUCCUAACUGUCCUUCUGGAUAAUCUCCUGUUAAAGAUGCCUCUACAGGAUUUAAUGUAUGUCAACCUUGCUCAUCAGGUACUUUCUUUGAUCCCAUAUAGAAUAAAUGCAUUAAUUCGUGUACUUUAAUGGAUGCUACUUAAAGCUAUUGUUUAGUAAGUAUAAACGAUUGUAACGGAAGCAUUUCAGUUGAUUAAACUUAAUGUCUUCUCAAAUGUCCUUCUGGAUAAUUUUAGAGACCUCUUACUUAAAUUAAUUAGUUUUAAUGUGUGACAGCAUGUGAUUAAAAUGAAUUAGUUUAUAAUAAUAUGUGCUUGUUAUUUUGCCCAAAGGGAUUGUUUACAGAUUUAAAAAAUAAAGUUUGUACAACUGUUAAACCUUAAUGCACAGGGGUUAUUUCUUUUGAUGGAUAGCUCUGUCUACAAUCUUGUCCUCAAGGAUAAUACCCAGCUACUUCUACUAAUGGUUAACCACCUAAGUGUAGUAAAUGUACCUAGAAACUUUCUUCUGAUGGCAAAUCUUGUUCUGCUAAUUGCGCCUCAGGAGAAAUGUAUGAUCUUGACAUCUUCUAAUGUGUAACUUAAUCUUCAUGCAAGAGCAAAAUAGCUCAGCCUGAUGGAUAAAGUUGUUCGAGCAGUUGUCUUCCAGGUUAGAUUUUAAGUACAAACGGUACUAAUUAAUCUUGCUUAAAUAGCAUAUCAGAUUGCAAGUAGUUAGUAUCUUCUGACUUCAAGCAAUGUGUUUCUGCUUGCAACUCUGGAGAGGCAUAAAUCAGCGAUGGACCCUUAACAGUUUGCAUAAUUUGCCCACUAGCUGUUAGCUCUGAUGGAAAAUCAUGCCUAAAUUCAUGUCCUUCAGGAACUUUCUUAAAAGUCAGCAGUUAAUCCUGUGUAGCUUCUUGUGCUUCUGGAGAAUUCGUCUCAGCAAAUGGAAAAAAUUGUGUUAGUUCCUGUGUUUACCCAGAUCUUAAAAGAUCAUCUGAUAACAGUAAAUGUUAUACUUCUUGUGAAUCAGGAAAUGUAAUUGACAAAUCAUUGGGUUGUAUUACUCCAAGUUAAUGUAAAUCAAAUAAUAAAUAUAUUUCAAGUGAUGGAUAAUCUUGUAUAGAUGAUUGUUCAGUCUUUUUAACAUACAUUGAUCCAAAUAAUGCAAAUACUUGCAAGGCCUGCAGCACAAAUACUUUUGCAAGAUUAGAUAAAGGUAAAAUAGUUUGCCAAGCUUAUUCUGACAAUGCUGCCUCUGAUUUAUCCGUAUAAGCAACUACUUUGACAUCGCAAUUUACCAAUUUAUCAGCUAUCACACCUGAAAUGAAAGGAUAAAUUAAAUCAUAAAUUUAAAGUAUUUCAGCUGGAAUAGAGUAAGCUAUUCAACAAACUUAGACAAGUAUAACUUUAACUGAUACACAAAAGUAAUAGCAAAAAAUUUAACUAGUUGAGAAUAUUUAAAAUAUUGGAGCUUUAUUCCUUUCUAAAAUCGAUAGUUCAUCGUCUAGCAGUGAAAAUUCAGAUGCAAAUAAGUUAGUUUUAGGAACUAAUGAAUAUUAAUUUGUUGCUGAAAAGAAAAAGAAAGGCUUUGUAUUCUAAAUUUCUUUCAAUUUAGCUAAUUUAUCAACAGCUGAUCCAAGCUUUUAAUAAGAUUCUAGCCAGUUAGAUUUAACUAAAUAAGGUUCAUAGAUUGAUGGAUCUAUUGCCUCUAUGUCUGUUACUAACUAAGCAUCCAAUCCGUAUUGUUCUGAUAGCAGUACAUGUUUAGCUGGGCUAUUUUCAGUAAGUGCAACUAAGACAAGUAGUAGUAAAAGAUUCUUAGAUUCCACUUCAACUUCAAGCUCUAAAUUCACACUAGUUUACAACGUUCCUGCUAGUUAAAUAUAGAAAACUGUAUGUGUGACUUAUGAUACUACUACCAAUGCUAUGUCUCCUUCUUUGUCUACAGUAAUAGAUACUACUAAUAACCAAAUCACCUGUACUUUUACUUAAAAUAAUUCAUUAUUUUAUGAUAAUAACUGUUCUAUUGUAAGUGCAUCACUAUGCUCAUCAGGUACCUCUAGUAACACGGGUGGCAAUAAUAAUAAUAAUAACAAUGGCACAACUUAAUAAACUGUAUCACCUUCGCAGAGCAAUAAAAUUAUAUUUUCAUUUAUUUUACUAAUAUUUACUACUCUUAUUUUGUGA